AACGCAUAGCCUAUAUAAGGAGGACUAAACUCCUAGUAUCUUAUCCCUGGCUUCAUAGAGCGCCUGAAAUUGUGAAGCAAACUGAACCAUUAAACAAUGCUGUUGCUUGUAACACUUUGUGCUUUAGUCCUCUGCGUAUUGCCAGAAACAACCGUGGUACCACAGCAAGUUGUUCAAACCUGCGACCCAAAAGCCUGUUCACUAGUUGUGUGUGCACCAGCUGAGAGAGGGUUACCAGGAAGAGAUGGGAGAGAUGGACUGCAAGGACCAAAAGGAGAAAAGGGAGAACAAGGACUGCAAGGACCAAAAGGGAUACUGGGUCCUCCAGGAAAAAUGGGCCCAGCUGGACCAGCAGGAAUGACAGGAGCAAAAGGAGAUGUUGGAAACAUGGGGUUACAAGGAGCAACAGGACCACAAGGACCGGAGGGGAGGAUAGGCCCUCCUGGAUCAAAAGGAGAUAAAGGUUACACAGGAGAAAAGGGGACAAAGGGUGACAGUGGUCUCUCAGAAGUCAAUCUAUUGAAAAACCGAGUGAUUGCCCUUGAGGGACAGCUAAACGCCCUGCAAGCCAGUUUCUCCAAGUAUCAAAAAGUUGCAGCAUACCCAGUUGGCCAAAUUGUUGGCAAUAAAGUCUUUGCAACCAGUGGCUAUGAAGGCAACUUUCAUGAUCUGAAGCGGACGUGUCAGCAAGCAGGCGGCCAGCUGGCUUCCCCAAGGAAUUCUGCUGAAAAUACAGCAAUCCAACAGAUUACUAUUCUAUAUAAAAUGAAAGCAUUUCUUGGGAUAACCGACAUUCAAACAGAGGGGACAUUUAAAUACUUGAACAGUGAGACCAUUGUUUACUCCAACUGGAAUACAGGAGAACCCAGUAAUUAUAGAAAUAACGAGGAUUGUGUUGAAAUUCGUUUGGAUGGCAAAUGGAAUGACAUACCUUGUACGGAUAAGACCCUAAUGAUCUGUGAAUUUUAGGCCAUUGAUCUUAAUAUGUCCAAUCUAUUUACAAUUGACCCAUACAUGUUAAUUUUAUUAGUAGGAAUUAAAAUAAAAUGAUUACCAUAUCAUUUAUUUUCACACAAUUUCAGUGAGGUAGGAUGUUGGCAUGUGUACAUGAUUAAUGUAGACAUUGAGGACUAACAACAGUAGCAGUACUCAUCUAUGGACAAAUCUGGAAAAAUAAAAUGGAUAAGCUAAUCAAAAUGGAAAAUUGAGUAAUUAAAACAUUUGAGCUUUCAGAAAUGGAUAAGCUAACCGUGUUGUUGAGAAGAAAAGCAAUGAAUGGCUUUAUAUAAGAUUGGGAACUUUAAAUCAAUUUUUAAUAUGAGAACAGAGAAAAAUAUAAUGCUUGCAAACAAUUUUUUUAAAAAAACAAUUGAAAUUAAACAAUUAAAAGAGUUACUAUAACAAUCUGGAAUGUUAAGUAUCACCAGACUACUGCAAUGUGCUCUACAUGGGGCUGCCUUUGAAUACUGUUUGGAAGCUUCAAGUAGUCCAAUGGGCAGCAGCCAGAUUGCUCUCUGGAGUGAAGUACAGGGAGUGCACAACACCCCUGCUACGGCCGCUCCACUGGCUGCUAGUUUGCUACCGAGGACAAUUCAAAGUGCUGGCUUUAGUCUAUAAAGCCCUAAACAGUUCUGGCCCAGCUUACCUGUAUGCUGGGCCAGAACUGUAUUUCCCUCUAUGAACCACCUCGGAAGUCAAGAUCUUCUGAGGAGAACCUGCUAUCAAUCCCACCUCCUUCACAGGUGCAACUGGUGAAUAUGAAAGACAGGGCCUUCUCAGUGGUGGCCCCUCAGCUAUGAAACUCCCUCCCCAGUGAAAUCGGAUCAACCCCCUCCCUCCUGACGUUUAGAAAGAAACUAAAAACUUGGCUAUUGACCAAGCUUUUGUAGAACAUUUAGUGAAAUAGCCAGCUAUGAAGUAAUUGUAACACAAUUUGAAUGGCUCCUGGAUUGCGACCAGAUUUUGUGUGGUUUUAAUAGUUGAUUUUAAUGAAUGGAAAUGCUUUGAUUUUUAAUUUAAUUAUUUUAAUGUAUAUGUUUACUGUAUUUAUAUGCUUAUGUUUGUAUGGCAUUGAAUUUUGACAAUUUGGAAGCCGCUCUGAGUCCCCUUGGGGGUGAGAGAGAGCGGCAUAAAAUCAUAGCCAAUAAAUAAAUAAAGUAACAGUGGAAAUUUAACUCAAUCAUACCUGAACCCUCCUAGAAAGUGUGAAGUUGCCUUUUAAAAAAUUGUUAGUGUCGUUAGUUAAAUGUAUGUGAACAUUUAAUGGUAUGCUUGCAUACAUUUCAUGAAAUGUCUAUAUAUCUCAUAAAGUAUACUUCUGUAAUGUUUUCAAAAUAAAUAUAUAUACACAAUCCAAAAUCAUUAUAACACAUUCCCAUUGUUUUACUCUUGAGAAGUUGCAAGGCAUAGUUAUCAAGCAUAAAUCCAAUUGUUAGUCCUAACUGAAGUAGUUCUCUUGCAUAAUGACAUGAUAUGUGAAUGCUUAUGUCAGUUUCAUCGGUUAAAUUUGUCUAUUUUACAUGGGACUAAAACUGAAUUUGGUCUAUGUCUACUUUAGAUGAAAGAACACUGAGACCGAAUUACAAUAGCUUUAUACUUUAUUACCAAUAGACUAAUGCAGCUUAUUAGAAAUGAGCAAAUCAUUGUACAUUUGCAGAAGCUCUCCAGAGGCCAACUUGUGCUAAGUUAUUUUACCAUGUGAUACAGAAAAUGCCAGGUGCAGCUCAUCCCAUUAUAGGCAGUAAAAAUACAACAAUAACAAAGCAAAUUACUAAGAAGUUGCCACACUUUUGUGACACUUAGAUUCUCCUGCUUGAAUCAUUUUUUAUUUUAUUAUUUAUUUGUUUAUUAUUUAUUCAAUGUAUACCCCAUCUUUCUCCUGGGAUGGGAUCCAAGGUGCCUAGUGGUAAAGGUGGGCCUGUGUUGGCAUCUCAAACUUGAUGCUUGAAUGUUGAGGGAAAUAUAGCUCAUUUUCCUCUACUUUACAGCAUAUGCUUAUUUUACUGACUGGAAUAAUUUCAUAUGAUUUGUUAGGCAAGGAAUACUCAGAAAUAGUUUUGCCAGUUUUUGCCAGAUUGUUCUUCUAAAAUGUAUCCUACGCCUAAUAUAUGUUGGUGAUCUCCAAUCCAAAAUUAACAAUUACUGGCCUUGGUUAGCUUCUAGGAUCAAAUAGGAUGUGGUACCUUUUGGGUAUUUACUAUCCACAUUCUGCACUGCUCUCUGAUGCCAGUAAAGGAGAACAUACAGUAAAAAAAAAAAGUGUGCAGGAAGACUCUGAGAUGUAUAGUUCAAAAUACAUUUUCUAAAGUUCGCCAGAAUGAUACUUAUCUGUUCUUGAGAUAACUGUAUUUGUGAUAAUAUUUAUAAUCAAAAGAACUAUAUAAUACUUGGUUUGUGUAAACAAUAAAAACAAUUGUAUGAAAGAAUAGUUGGAAAAUAGCAGCUCCUUUUCUAUUAUUCUAUAUAAAACACCAUUCCCUUUGUAUGUUGUAAUUAAUGUUCUUGUUUGAUAGAGUCAUAGCCUGUUCUAAUGUCUUUGAGACAUUGUUCUUCAAUGUAAUACAAUGUUUUGGUUGCCGAUGACACGAUAAAUAUUGUUUUUCAAUAAAAUGCAGAUGAAAACUGAAUU